AAAUUCUUUAUUUUAGAAAAGAAUAUAGCAAAAUACAUUGGAUGGUCUAAGUCUUUAUAUGUACUUAGUCCAUUGACCUAUAUAGGUAGAAACACCAAGUGUUAUCAACGCGAAGAUGUUCGCAGCUAAAAAUAAUAAAAUGGAGAUUCUGAUCUCUCUAGUCAUGUUUACUCUCCUCUUUUCGACCAUCAAAUCUAGAGUAACUGAAUCCAACGACGGCAUUUUGGAAGAGGUUAGGGUUGGAUUGGUGGUGGACUUGGGUUCCGUGGAAGGCAAGCUUCUCAAGACUUCUUUUACCUUAGCGCUCUCAGAUUUCUAUCGCAUAAACGGUGGCUAUCGAACCAGAGUCUCUGUUUUAGUAAGCGACUCCCGAGGAGACCCUCUCCUUGCUCUUGCUGCUGCUAAAAAUCUUGUCAAGAAAGCACGAGUGGAAGUCAUUGUUGGUGUGCAAUCAUUACAAGAAGCAAAGCUUUUAGCGGCCUUUAGCUAUAAAACUAAAUUUGUAGUGUUAUCUCCUCUCUUGCUGAGCUCGUUGUCUCUGAACAAACACAAUCACUUUAUCCAAUGGACGCAUGAUACGGCAUCAGAGGCAAAAGGGAUUGCGAGUCUGGUGCACGAUAUCGCUUGCGUUCUAGCAAAUGUAGUAGAGAGGAGAAGUCUAAGAGCUAAAGCAACACAUAGUGGUGCUGCUGAAGCUUCUUGGAAUGUGUCAGAUCUUGUAAAGCUAAUCAAACAUACUAGAAGAUUCAAUGUCCAAAUAAACAAAGAGAUAAAAGAGAGAAGAACAAGAUUAUGGAGUAGUGGUCGUUUCAGCAAAAGAAGACGUAUCACUUGGCCUGGUGGAUCUCAUCAAGUCCAACCAAAACACCGGUUCUUGGCAGGGAAUGGUGAAAAGAAGAAGUUGCUUAGGGUGUUAGUUCCAUCAGGAAACAGAGUCCCAAAUCUAGUGAGGGUGAAUCGUGAUCCUGAAACUGGUAUUGUUACUGUCACUGGAUUAUGCAUGGAGAUUUUCAAGAUUUGCAUGGAUCCUCUUAAGUACGAGCUGGAGUUCAUACCUUAUAAUGGAAGCUAUGACAAUCUUGCUUAUCUACUCUCUACUCAGAGAGACAAAUAUGAUGCAGCUGCUGGUGAUUUAACCAUCACGUCCAACAGAUCUUUAUAUGUUGAUUUCACAUUGCCUUUCACAGACAUUGGUAUAGGAGCCCUGACAUUGAAGAAGAAGAAACAUGGCAUGUGGACGUUCUUUGACCCUUUUGAGAAACCCUUGUGGCUAGCAAGUGGAGCUUUCUUCAUCUUGACUGGGAUGCUUGUUUGGUUGGUUGAACGGCCCGUUAACCCGGAGUUUCAGGGCUCUUGGAAACAACAACUUGGUACAAUGCUAUGGUUUGGAUUCUGUACCAUUGUAUUUGCUCACAGAGAAAAGCUACAAAAAAUGUCAUCAAGAUUUUUAGUCGUAGUUUGGAUGUUUGUUGUGUUGAUAUUGACUGCAAGUUACAGCGCAAACUUGACAUCAACCAAGACCAUUUCACGGAUACAAUUAGAUAAUCAUCUGAGUUAUGAUCCUUCCAUGAUGAAUAUUAGCAACUCCAUCAAUGUGAUUGAGGACUACGCUCAGGUUUUGAGAGAUGGAACUCUCAGUCACGUAGUCGGUGAGAUACCCUAUCUCAAUGUUCUUCUAGGACAGUAUCCAGACGUUUUCGCCAUGACGGAUAGAGAGGCUAUUACCAAUGGCUUUGGCUUCAUGUUCCAAAAAGGCUCAGGUUUGGCUCCUAAAGUGUCGAGAGAAAUCGCGAAGCUAAGGACAUCGAGAACGUUGAAAGACAUGGAGAAAAAAUGGUUCCAAAAACUGGAUUCAUUCUAUGUAAAUGCCAACGGUAAUGAUGAUGAUGAUGACAACGCAUCAAACCGCUUCACCUUCGGUGAAUUGGGCGGUUUGUUCAUCAUUGCGGGAGCUGCUCAUGCUAUUGUACUAGUCAUGCAUCUCUUUCAGACACGUCGUGAGAUUUUGCAUGUUUUGUACGAAUCUCGACUGUUCACUAAGCUGAAAAGCUCUGUCAGUUUCUGAAGAUGCUAAAAAAAUUCAUCGUAUAUCUUUUCCACUUUAAGAAAUCAUAUAACCACAAUACUAGAAAGAAAAAUAUCUGUAUUGAUUGUUGUUUUAAAUUUCACUUAUUCACUUGUGGAAAAUAUCUGUAAAUUCCCCACCCACCUAAAAAAAAAAUAGUCAUGUUCAGUUCUUUUUUUUUCUUAGCGUUGAA